GACUGAGCAGUGUCUGCAAUAUGCUGAAGGUCUUCAAUUAUCUUUAAAAUUGCUGUUGUGUAGCUGAGGAGCAGGAUGGGAAAUCCACCAGAAUUGGCAGGGAUCCUAGAGGGGAGAGAUGGUUCUGAGAGCAGGAGUUCCCCCAUUGCUCAUGUUCUUCGUUUUAGCAACCAGAAGCAGUAAACCUUAGUAUCUACAGUCUGGGAGCUAAUACAGUUGUAUGCUUCCGAAGUUUGAGAUACUUUGUGUAUCUCGUUACUGUAAUGUUAUCUUUUUUUCUUUCCUGUGAGAUCCUUGUGUUUGUGUGCUUUCACUUCUCCUUUCUAACCAUGGUCCUGUACCUAGAAUAGAUCAGUAGGGAGGGAACUGCUGCCAUUUUUGUUGGUGGUGAUGGUGUGGUGGCUGUUGUUUUUCUCAAAGCAUGUUGCUUCCUCCUUGCUUUUAUUAUAGAGCAUGCUUGUUUCAAAUGUGCUAGCCUUCCAGUUAAGGCUUCCAGCUGGAUCAGAUCCUGAAAUAAAUGUCCCAUUACAGAAGGCAUUAAGCUGCCUAGUACGGCUUGCAGUUGUCUGAGCAACUUUAAGGCCAGGUUGGACGGGGCCCUGGGCAAUCUGAUCUAGUAAAUGUGUAUGUUUGGUGGCACUGUCAGGCAGGGGGGCUGGAGCUUCAUGAUCCUUGAGGUCCCUUCCAACCCGGGUCAUUCUGUGAUUCUGAGGUGUCUCAGCUUUUUCUAGUGUUCUUUAAUAAUGCUAGCUGUAGAUUGAGAUACACUUGAACAAAAGUGUUCAAAAGGUCCCUUAAGCAACUCAUCCUUUCAAAUGUCCAUUGACAGAUAUAAGCAGUUUUGAGUUGAUAGCAAGGCUGUGCAGCUCCUGGAGCUAUAAAACAACCCAAGAAAGGCACACUCCUCAGCGCUAGCUGGGUGCCUAGCCCACAGCCCAGCACAGCCUGAGGCCUUGCAACAUUUCGUUGUGAUAUCAGUGCCAGCAGAGCUGAGCUCGGCCCAAGCUGGGCCAGCCCGUCUUUCCUAGGCUUUAUUGAGGAUGCUUUAGCUUGCUGAGGCUCCAAGGCGGCUCUCCCUGAUGCCGGGCGCCCCCCAGAGGCCGGAGGAAAUGGCGGCCGCCACCACAGCUCAGCGCCGCCCGGGGGAGGAGCCCGGCCCUGUUGGCGCCAAGCGGGGACGGCGGCUCCCGCCCGUCCGCUCGGUUCCCAGCCAUGGCCGCCACCGUGCCCGGCUACUCGCCCGGCUUCAAGAAGCCGCCGGCCACGCUGCGGUUGAAGCGCAAGCGGCCUCGGAGGAGCGAGCCCGCCGCCCCACAGCCCUGCGGCGCGGCCCCGAGGGCCACCUCAGCGCCCGUCCGCCGCAACCCCUUCUCCAGCCUGGACAACGCGCCGCGCCAGCCGGGCCGGCGGCAGCAGGGGGAGCCGGCACCGCCGGGAGGGGGGCCCGCCUCGGCUGCGCCUUUCUGGCAGUUUUUAGAGUCGGCAGGAGAAGAUAAGCCGGCCCGGAGCGUGGGGCUCUCUGAGGGAACCGGCGUCCUGGAGCUGCCCGAGGACCUUCAUUUAGCCGUUCCUACACCCAAUGUCCCCACCUCACCGAGCUGCGAGUUUCCUGCAGACUGGAGCAUCAAAACACGACUUCUGUUUAUGUCUUCUCAGCCUUUCACCUGGGCAGAGCAUUUAAAAGCACAGGAGGAAGCUCAGGGAUUUGCUCAGCAUUGCAGAGCAGCAGAAAUAAACUUGCCACAGACUGUGCAGGAACCAAAGCUGUGCACAGAACUGCGUUGUGCCUUUCAGCAGAGCCUUGUUUACUGGCUUCACCCAUCGCUGCCGUGGCUGCAGCUGUUCCCUCGUAUUGGAGCAGACAGAAAGAUAGCAGGGAAGGCCUGUCCGUGGGCGCAGGAUGAGGCCUUGCAGCAAGCACUGAUGAGCGACUGGUCUGUCAGCUUUACAUCUCUAUACAACCUGCUCAAAGCCAAGCUGUGCCCCUACUUCUAUGUGUGCACGUACCAGUUUACUGUCCUGUUCCGUGCAGCUGGUCUGGCAGGAAGCGAUGUUAUCACAGCGGUGAUUUCUCCCACCACCAGGGGUUUAAGGGAAGCCAUGAGAAAUGAAGGCAUAGAGUUUUCUCUACCUUUAGUAGAAGAAAGUAGAAGCAGAAAACAGAAAAACUCUGAAGAGACUUUGGAAACGGAAGUUGCUCACGACCCUGAAAUGAGCAGAAGCCCCAAGGAUGGAGAGGAAGCUGCUCCAAGUGAUGAUGAUGAUGAUGAUGGUUUCUCUUGGCUUGAAGAGAUGGGAGUCCAAGACAAGGUUAAAAAACCAGAUGCGAUUUCUAUUAAACUUCGUAAAGAGAAGCAUGAAGUGCAGGUGGAUCACAGACCCGAAUCCCUUGCAGUGGUAAAAGGAACAAACACAUUCACUUUAUUGAACUUCCUGAUAAACUGUAAGAGCCUGGUGGCUGUUGCAGGUCCACAGGCCGGGCUUCCUCCCACUCUGUUGUCUCCUGUCGCUUUCCGAGGCGGAACAAUGCAAACACUCAAAGCUCGUAGUAUGAAUGCAAAAGCCAGGGUCCGCCUGGCGUAUGAAGACAUCUACAGCUUGGAGAUCGUAGGCCCGGUCCUGCCUCAUUCCCUCCACAUGCUGACCAUGCUGCUGCAGUCUGCACAGCAGGGAGCGUUCUCUGCAGCGCUGUAUACACACGAGCCAACAGCUGUGUUUAACACUAAUCUUCAUAAUGAGAGCACUGCCUUAAAGAAGGAAACCAUAAGCAAUAACCUGCACAAGUGUGGGCUGCAUUCUAAGACUUUGCAUCAGCUGAGUCAGGUGCCAACGCUGGGGAAAUCUUCCCUCCGGUUUCUGGAGAUGAAGGACUCUGUGUGUGCCUGGAGGUCCUAGCAACGUGCUGCUUGGAGGCCAUGGGGCACAAAGCUCUGCACUAUGCAGUGGCUGUGCUUCCAUCAGGCCUGCAGUGCAGCCACCCAUGCUGUACCAGGAGGGAGGUAACCUACUCCAACAUCACUGGCAACUCUUGCACAUCAUAGCAAUAAAUCACCUCAAAGGGCUUUCAAAGGAAAUUGAGGAAAAGGCCCUGGAUGCCUCCUUUUGUAUUUUAGAAAGUGUGUUUUUAAAUAAAAUUUUAUGAAAGUUUGCUUUUGCUUGAUCUGAA